UUAUAUAGGCCUACACCUACCAGGGCAUAGAGUGACUAGGGCUUCGACUCGCUUCUCAAGCGAAAUUCAACCUUUGACACGAUGAGACGUUUUCUGUGUUUCGUUUUGUCCUCCAUGAUCUUCGCCAUCGAUGUCAUACCUUUGACUAGUGGUGCCGAUAUUCUUGUCUCCGUGUUAAGUCCGAUGCCAAGUAGCCAUGCCAAAGGUAUAUCGGCCAUCACAGGAGCACUGACCCGUCGCGGCCACAAUGUGACAAUCCUCACCAGCUCUUCUGCAGGAACAAAAGGCUUCCAGAGGAACACCUACAACAGGGCUGUCCAGUACAAGUUCGUCGAUACCCCAGGUGCCAAGGACCCACUUUCUGUUGAAGCUCUGUUCGAUAGUAGACUGGUAAAGCAAUUUACACAAGUAGUGAAUGAACUCGCGGUGUUCAGACGUAGCUGCCAGUGCUUUUUCGAAGACACUGCAGCGCUCUCUCUGCUCGAGAAAUCUCACUUUGAUAUCAUCAUCGCGGACGCAUUUGAUGGGUGUGACGCGAUACUUAGUAGCUACCUCGAGAUACCGUACAUUGCGGUGACGACUGGAGUGAGAUAUCCUUUCUUCCACGAGCGUUUGUAUGGAAUCCCGUUCCCGUCAUCUUACGUUCCCAUGGGUUUGCUAUCUCUGUCAGACAGGAUGGCUUUUCUCGUGCGCGUUGCCAGCUUCAUGGAGCAUCACGUCAUCAUGAGCAGUCUCGAAUGGAUCCACUUCGGGGCUUUAAACGAGGUUAAAGACAAACAUGGUAUCGCUCCAGGACGAAGCAUCCCGGAUCUGAUAGGUGGAGCAGAGUUGUGGUUGUGCAUGACGAAUUUUGCUUUGGAUUUCCCUCGCCCUACCGCUCCUAAUUGGGUGGCUAUUGGAAACAUCGCGGACACCCCUGCGAAGCCAUUGCAGAAGGACUACGCAAGCUUCAUUGAGGGGUCGGGUGAACAUGGUUUCAUCAUAUUUUCAUUGGGCAUCCAAGUUACUGAGCUACCUAAAGAGAUGGCAGAGGCCUUUGCAAGAGUCUUAAGUGAGCUACCACAAAGAGUCAUCUGGCGGUAUACUGGGACACGCCCUCGUUACCUUGGUAACAACACAAUGCUGGUAGACUGGAUGCCACAAAAUGAUCUACUUGGUCACCCGAAAGCCCGACUCUUCAUAACCCAUGGGGGUCUCAACGGCAUCACCGAGGCAGUCUACUACGCCGUCCCCAUGGUAGUCAUGCCGAUCUUUGCUGAGCAGCAUUCAAACGCUGUUAAGGUCGAGGUCAAAGGAAUGGGAAGACGGCUUCAGAAGAACUCAAUAUCUUAUGAUUCGGUCAAGAUGGCGGUUAUGGACGUUCUUCUCAAUCAAAGCUACAGAGAAAAUGUCCAGCGAAUCUCAGGAAUCUACAGAGAUAUCCAGUCCAAACCGGAUGAAACUGUGGUCUACUGGGUGGAACACAUUCUCGAAUUUGGUGGGUCACACCUGAGAUCUAGAGCCUUGGAACUCAGCUUCAUCCAGCUUCAUUCGAUCGACGUUCUCGCUUUCAUCGUCGGGAUCAUAGCUGUCAUCGUUUUCCUUCUCUGUGCUUGUUGUAAACGGUGUAUAUCAUGCUGCUCGAAAAGCAAGAAAACAAAACUUGAGUGAUAUUAUGAAUUUGACCAUAAUUAUUUCUGUGCCAUUAUGGCUAGCUAAACAAAUUCCUCUGCGAAGUAGAAAUGUAAACUUUGCUGUUGAUUACGGAAGUUUGCCAUAUACAUGCAAAGAAAAUGCAUAUAAACAAUCAUUCCUUUUAAAGACUCCAAUGGAUAAUAAUAGUGUUGAGAUCUGAAUGUGCAAAUUCGAGAAUAAAUUCAACAUAAAUGUGAACAAAGUGAAGAGAACUUGUGAAGAUUAAUUACGUAGUCAUUUUACACUAACGAGAUUUUGUAAAGGCAUAGGUAAGCACUUUAGGGUGGACUGCAUAACAUGUAUGCAUUAUGUUAAGUAUAUCGAGUUAUGAUAAUGACCUGAGCCCCGAUGCUCAAAACUUACCAUUGAUGGUUACUACCAUGGAAACCUUGCUUUUGAGAGGCUGUUGAGCCCUGUAAACAUGGUAGUUGCCAAUUUGCCAUUAACGACAUACAAAAUUACCAUCAAUGGUAAGUUUUGAGCAACGGGGCCCAGGUCAUUAAAAUAGGGAGAUUCGGACACGACAACAUGAUUUAGCAUUAGGAGAUCUACCGAGAGAGAAUUUACAGUUUUAAAACUUUAUACUCUUUAUAGAAUAAGAGAAAUAAUCACCAUCAACCCGAUAUUCAUGCUUUCAAUUUGACCUGGAAGUCAAACAUUUCGGAUGAAAGUUUGGGGUUGCUAUAACUUUUCACUGAAUAGAGAGAGAUAAAAGCUCUCAUUUUCACAACAUAUUUCCCAUGUUCAUAGGCAAAUUCCCGGAAGCUUUCGAAAAAGGACAUCUCUCCGAUUUUGAUACAUGAAAAAUGACGUUCUUUGAUAA